GCCUGGAAUAGCGUGCAGAGCCGGGUGCCAAAAUGAGCACGCACUGGCAGAGGUGGAGGAUCUUACAGAUAGUCUUUGCAACAAUUACAGCAGUCAUUACACAAGAUUUGAGCAGUAAAGAACUGACCGACAACAAGAGCCCAGUGCCUUUCCCUGUCUUCUUGCCGGUCAGCUACGAAGUUAAGGAUGCUGACUACCUCUUCCUAAAAGAGGUAGGACAGGACUUCAUGAGGAACUCCAGCAUGCAGAGUCACAUCCAGCCCUUUGUUAUUUUACGAGCCAGCCGCCAGCCGGCGGUCAACGCCAGCUAUCGCACCAUGUCCGCAGAGAAACCCGUGCCUCUAGAUAUGGUCCAGUCUGUGAAGCUCUUCAAUGCACCAGAGGUCUUUACCUUUAACUGGAAAAUCCAGGCCUUUGUCCUGACGCCUCGGGUUUUCUCCUCCAAGCCCAAAGUCAGGGUGCUCUUCUAUGUUGCAGGCAGGGAUUGGAACAGAGGGGAAGGCGCUGUGGAUGCGCUACCAUGUGUGACGGUGUAUGCGUUCUGGCAAACCCAGGAGGUGAGGGGUUCCUGUGCCAUAGGAGGUGAGAGGGGGACCUGCAUGGCCGAGCUGGUUCCUACGCCUGGCUGGUUUGCUCCAGGGUCAGAGGGCACCAGUAGAGAGAGGCAGGAUCCAUCUGCUGGGAACCCUGUGGAGCUGUACUACCAGGCUCAGCCAAAAGUCAGAGGGAAGUGCAAUUCUGUGGAUGGAAGUCGGUGGGGGGGUUCACAGCAGCAGGCAGAGUUUAUUCCUGUCACUCCCAUGCAGAGGAUUGGAAGCGUGCGUCUUCUGCAGGUGCCUAAGGGGAUGGCAACGCUUUCGCGCCUCAAGCUCGGCAAUGCCAUCGUCAUACGGACAUCCUCCAAACCUCUAAAGAAGACUGACAUCGCCACCUUCUACAUACUCAUGGCCAGCUCUGCUCAGCUGACUAACUUCACUCUCAGAGCAACAGUAAGGAAAGGUGUGACCUUUCGAACAGUAACACCCAGUAACUCUUUACUGUGGGACAUCACUCUGGAUUUGAGUGUGGAUGGAGCCAUCGCUGUUAUUUGUCAGAGAAAGGCUCCCAUACCUGGGAAAAGGCUUGAAAGCAGUUUGUUGGAGGUACUUCAAAUGGAUUUUGAAGUUGAAGAAUUGAGCAGCCCUCUCGUCAGCCAGGUAAUCAUAUGGAAGCUGGAGCUACCAUCCACAUCCAAAAACGGAGUCAAGACUGAAGGAGCCAUGAGGAUCUAUACCACUCAGAGAGACUUUGUCGGCCUAGCUCCUCUCGUAAUGGACACGGAGAUUCUGAACACCGCUGUGCUGACGGGAAAGAAGGUGGUGAUGCCUGUGAGGACGGUAGCUGUGGAGGAAGAUGGAGUAGUCACGGAUGUGUCUGAUUACACAGACUGUAGCUCCACUGAUGAAGACAUUCUCAAGGUGUCCGACAGGUGUGACUAUGUUUUCGUAAAUGGAAAAGAGGUUAAGGGGAAGAUAAAGAUGACGGUAAACUUCACCUACAGCUACCUGAGUGCUCAGCUCGAACUGAAUGUGUGGAUGCCCCGGCUUCCUCUCCAGAUUGAGGUGUCAGACACAGAGCUGAGCCAGAUCAAAAGCUGGAGGGUACCCAUCCUCACCUCAAAAAGAACUGGCUGGAACAGUGAUGAAGACGAUCGGAAGGGGAAGGGCUGUAUGCUGCAGUUUCAGCAUGCCCUUGUGAGGGUGCUAACCCAUUUCAUGGCAGAGCAAGAAGACCCCCGGGAUCCAAAGGCCUAUUUCCUAGGGUCUGAUUGGCAGGCGGAUGUUACAAGGUUGGUUCGAUACUUCAUGAAGGUGGAGGACACUCGAGUGGCUAGGCUGCAGGCAGGAAGAGUGCUGUCGGGGAAAGACUUUGGGACCACUGCCAUCCAGGUGUUUUCUCCACUAUCUGAUGCCAUCUUGGCUAAAACAACUAUCAGAGUUGUGGAUGACAAAGUGACCAUCACAGAGCUGGGGGUUCAGCUGGUUACAGGGCUCUCCAUGACAUUACAGCUCAGUGCAGGAAGCAACAGGGCCAUACUGGCUACCACAACCACACAGGAGGUGCUACAGAGUCCCAAACAGGAAGCUUUGGUCAGUGCCUGGAUACAAUUCAGUGAUGGCAAUCAGACACCUCUUGACAUUUAUGAUCAAUCCUUUUUCCGUGUGACGGUGACCUCUCUAGAUCAGGGAGUGGUGUCGGUGCAGGGCACGCCACCAGCUGUGGUGGCAGAAGGAGAGGGCGAGGGAGUCUUGGUCAGAGUAGAGAUGUCCAUCUGUGAGGCCUGUCAGAAGUCCAAACGCAAAAGUACUUUUGCAGUAGGCAACGGCACCCUCAAGGUCAAAUUUCAAGUGAACACUAAGCGAUCAGAUGGAAUAUUCGACAGCAGUACUGUUAGCAACAAGGAAACUGACUAUGGGAACGAUGGGGAAGAAGUGGAGCGUCAGAGGAAGCAGAGAAAGCCAUCCCAGGAUGCUUCACCACGCAUGCCAAACUUAGACAGAGAAGAAAGCGCCAUACAGAAGAUCACAACCACUAUUAAAUCUACAGAAAGAACCCUGAUAACCAGCGGUAGCCUCGGAGGAGUGGGUAAGACCAGUAAUUCAGGAAACCCUGGUAGUCCUACUACUGUGGCUAAUGUCAGCCUAAUGAGCAGCCCUGGUGGGAACAGCAAAGGAUACGGGUCAGACAACAUGAUAGUGGAGGAUAUGAGCAGCGUUAGCUUCACCAGCACGGUGAAGGUUCCCAGGAAUCUGGUAAACUCCAACAACUUUCCCACCAAGGUGGAGACCCCUGGGCAGGGGACGACAGAAAUAGAAGUUGGUGGUGAAGAAGUUUUGGCAAACAGGCCUCUAACAGACUUAGAGAUUGGCAUGUAUGCUUUGUUGGGUGUCUUUUGCCUGGCCAUCCUGGUUUUUCUGGUAAACUGUGUCUCAUAUGUUGUUAAGUUCAGGCACAAGAAACCGCCCUCUCACGGCCAGGAACCCACAGGCCACAGGCACGACUGGGUAUGGCUGGGCACAGAUGCUGAGCUGGUGAUGAGUGUGCCGGGCAGCCCGGUCCAGCAAGACUCCCAAACUACAACCACUGUGAUAGACAUUGGGCCUGAUAAGACUGGCUCUCUUUCCAGGAGGCCCAGUUGUCUGGCCUCCGUCACAGAUUCUCCCCUCAGUUGCGUAGGCUCCCUCAGAGGCAAACCAAUGCCCACAGAGUCCCUCCACUCGCCCACCAGCAAGAGAAAGAGAGUCCAGUUCACAACCUUCUCCACACUAGAGCGCCAGCAUUCACCACAUCUCCCACCCAGAGAGAACGGCCAUGGCAUCCAUUGGGUUGGAAAGGAGGACAGCUGUGGGGAGGAACCUCAAGUGCCCAUCACAGAGCCUGGGGACCGGUUAUAAUAGAGAACCUGAUCAGACCUCACAUGUACAGCAGAUGUGGCUUUGAUCACCUCAAUGCCUUUGCCAACUCUGAAAACUGUCGAGAAUUUAUGAUUUUGGAAUUGCCCUCCUCUACAUUUCAUUACCUAUCAAGGCCUUUUACAUGUACAUGUACUGUAUAUUAUUGUUAAUAUUGGAGAGUUAGAUGUGUGUGAUCGUGUUUGAGACGGCCAAUUCAGACGGACUCCCUUUUCACACAAAGCCACCAAAUAUUAAAGCUGCAUGUGGAUAUCUACUUCUAAAUUGUUGCACUCACAUGCUGAUGCAUAUAGUACAAAGACACCCAGAGAAAGUGUCUCCAAAUUGAAAAUAUAUCCUAUAUCAGCAUAAUCCCACACUGAUUUCAGUAGACAUAUGGCUUUGAUUAAAAUAAUAAGAACCAA